UACGUCAUCACGAUGGACAUGACGUAAGCGUGCGGCGCCGUUUCAGAUUGGAAUGGGAGCUGGCGAUUUUUGCCAUUAUUUGUUAGUUUAAUCCGUGAAUGGCGCCGAAACAGGACCCGAAACCUAAAUUUCAAGAAGGAGAACGAGUGCUGUGUUUUCAUGGGCCGUUGCUCUAUGAAGCUAAGUGUGUAAAGAUUAGCAUCAAGGACAAACAAAUCAAAUACUUCAUUCAUUACAGUGGCUGGAAUAAGAACUGGGACGAAUGGGUUCCUGAAAGCAGAGUGCUGAAGUAUGUGGACAGUAACCUGCAAAAACAGAAAGAGCUUCAGAGGGCCAAUCAAGACCAUUAUGUAGAAGGAAGAAUGAGGGGUGCUGCACCGAAUAAGAAGAUACCCACUGCUUCACAGAAAAAUGAUGUGAAAACCAAAAAGAAUAAACAGAAGACUCCUGGGCCAGGAGAAGGAACAAGUUCAGGGGGAGACCCAACCCACCCUCCACGAAAGAAGAGAGCACGUGUUGAUCCAACUGUCGAAAGUGAGGAGACGUUUAUAAAUCGAGUGGAGGUAAAAGUAAAAAUCCCAGAGGAAUUGAAACCUUGGCUCGUGGAUGACUGGGACCUGAUAACUCGGCAGAAACAGCUUUUUCACCUCCCUGCCAAAAAGAAUGUUGAUGGCAUCCUUGAAGAUUAUGCAAACUACAAGAAAUCACGAGGGAACUCUGACAGCAAGGAGUUUGCAGUCAAUGAGGUGGUUGCUGGUAUUCGGGAGUACUUCAACGUCAUGCUGGGAACACAGCUUCUCUACAAAUUUGAGAGGCCACAGUACGCGGACAUCCUGGCCAACCACCCGGACACAUCCAUGUCUCAGAUCUACGGUGCUCCUCACCUGCUCAGACUCUUUGUGAGAAUUGGAGCCAUGCUGGCGUACACUCCCCUGGACGAGAAGAGCCUCGCGCUGCUGCUCAGUUAUCUACAAGAUUUCCUAAAGUAUCUUGUGAAGAAUUCUGCUUCACUCUUCAAUGCCAGUGACUAUGAGGUUGCCCCUCCGGAGUAUCACCGUAAGGCAGUUUAAGGUUUAUAAUUUCAGGAUCUGAAGCCUCUGUGCGUUUGGAGACCACUUUCGUACCUGUGGAAAGGAUGAGAGGUCACAGAUAACCUUUGGAGAACAGAUUGUGUGAAGACUGUGUGGCAGAAUCAGUGCAAGAAGUCGCACUAAUCCCUGGACAAAUUAAUUUACUUUCAUGUGGAAAGCUGCUGAGUAUCGCUCUUCCUGUAUUGGUAUGUUUUUGAGUACCACGUUUUAGUUUCUAUCAAUAUUUCUUUGGUGUUAACCAUCAUCUGAAAAGGAAUCAUGAUUGUUCGAUUUAAGUUGUUUUUGGAUCACAUACCGGUUGAAUUUGUCCUGUAGGCUCAGUUUUCUAAUAAAAAUCCUUCAGUCUCUA